AUGGCACCUUCAAAGCCAGCACCUGGCCCUCCGUUCUCCAAGGACGAGAAGGUCCUUUGCUUCCAUGGAGAUUUGAUGUACGAGGCCAAGAUCACCGAGGUCCGCAGCGCCUCUGACCCGACCAACACUGUCUUUUCCACUAUCAAGGCCGAUGAUGCUCAGUACAAGGUCCAUUACAAGGGCUGGAAGUCGUCAUGGGAUGACUGGGUCAGUCAGGACCGCAUUCGAAAGUUUACCGAUGACAACAAGGCACUGGCUACCCAGCUUUCCCAGGCCGCAAAAGCCCGCACCGCCGGUGGCUCCAAAAGUGCCAAGAAGGCCAUCGGUAAAGCCGUUGGAGGCAUCGACAGUGAGAUGAGCUCCGCUCGAGGUAGUGAAGAGCGUGCUGCCAAUAACAGCUAUGCCGGAAGAGGACCCAGACGGGGCCGUGAUUAUGAGCUUGAGAGUGUGAGUCAACUUUCUUUCCCCCUUUGUUCCAAAGAUAGAUAG